GAGAAGAUCAUCACGUACGAGUGUACGACCUGGGGAUGGGUUCCAUCCUCCACGAUCUAUCGGCGCACAUGGCAAGCGUUAGUUCACUGCUCUGGACGCCAGGCGGCAGGACGCUAGUGUCGGCAGACCGGGAUGGCGCCAUCAACACCUGGAAUCUCUCAACGAAAGCGGAGGCGGCCGCCUCGCCGGCCUCUACGUUCGUGUGCCCGGGCUCGGCGGCGGUCAGCCUGCACUACGCGCCGCACAACUACCUGGUAGCCGUGUACGGACAGCAGGACGGCUAGAGGUUGUGUACGGACAGCAGGACGGCUAGCUCCGUGGCCGUGUACGGACAGCGGGACGGCUAGAGGCUGUGUACGGACAGCAGGACGGUUAGCUCCGUGGCCGUGUACGGACAGCGGGACGGCUAGAGGUUGUGUACGGACAGCAGGACGGCUAGCUCCGUGGCCGUGUACGGACAGCGGGACGGCUAGAGGCUGUGUACGGACAGCAGGACGGUAAGCUCCGUGGCCGUGUACGGACAGCGGGACGGCUAGAGGCUGUGUACGGACAGCAGGACGGCUAGCUCCGUGGCCGUGUACGGACAGCGGGACGGCUAGAGGCUGUGUACGGACAGCAGGACGGUAAGCUCCGUGGCCGUGUACGGACAGCAGGACGGCUAGCCGGGUGGCCGUGUACGGACAGCAGGACGGCUAGCCGGGUGGCCGUGUACGGACGGCAGGACGGCUACUACGGACAGCUAGUACGGACAGCGGGUCUUGUACGGACAGCAGGACGGCUAGCCGGGUGGUCGUGUACGGACAGCAGGACGGCUACUACAGACAGCUAGUACGGACAGCGGGUCUCGUACGGACAGCAGGACGGCUGGCUGGGUGGUCGUGUACGGACGGCAGGACGGUUAGCCGGGUGGCCAUGUACGGACAGCAGGACGGCUGGCCGGGCGGGCUGUGUCGUCGCACCACGCCGCCCCGGGCGACGGAGCGGGCCACCUGGAGCCUUGCUUGACGCCUCAGCUGGUAUGGUGCGGCCGGCGGGCUGCAGGACGGCGGCUCGCCCCUCAGGUGGCCGAAUCCGUGAUUGUGCGGCUCGCUGCGCGCUCUCGGCGGUGCGGGUCCCGACACGGUGGCUGGAUACACUGCGGGACGGCCGGCACCGUGGUGACAGGCUGUGUCGAUGAUCUGCGUAUUGCCUCGAUGUACGUGGGACAAAGACCCACUUAGAAACAAAACGUGCCCAUCGUCCAAUUGCUUGUAGUGUACGUUUCUGCUUUACGUUAUGCUCAAAAUGCAUGUUGUGUGCGUGCUGACGUGUUUGAACAGUGUUCUAUUACCAAGAACUGCGAAAUUGUGCCUAUUUAUACGCGUGGUAUCAGCGCUUUUUAUUUAUUUUACCUACAAACUGAUGGCAAAUGUAUACAACCAUGUGUGUCUGCCGACCAACGGGCCGACACGUGUCUGACGUAACGGUGGCCGAGGAAGGCUGCCGUGCUGUCUGAGCCUACAAAGUGGCAUUCGCGGUACCGCAGCCGGGAGGGAGCAGCCCAAAAGAGAGGCCAGUCGCGGGCGGGAAGGUCACCGAGUGGUUGGGUUCCAAUCCGGAUGAGAGCCGUUAUUUUAUUGCAUGCGUCUCGUGUUCAUGUGCGCGCAGCCGAGCGGCCUAUGCACACGCAGCUUUCAUGUGCAUGUGGGCGCGAAUUGUACCGGUUGUUGCUCUCAGGUUUCUGAAAGCGUUGUUUUUGGACGAUAUACGGAGAAAAUAAAGUGCCCGCCGUAUGAACCUUCUGGGAUUGGUUC